CCGGCGCCCGGCGCCCCGGUCCCACCGCGCCGGGGCUCCUCGGCCUGGCUCCUGGAGGAGCUGCUGAGGCCCGACUGCCCCGAGCCUGCGGGCCUGAACGCGGCCCGGGAGGGUCCCGACAGAAACUUCCGACUGAGCGAGCACCGCCAGGCCCUGGCCGCCGCCAAGCACCGAGGCCCCGCGCCACCCCCGGGGAGCCCGGAGCCUAGCCCCGGGCCGUGGGGCGAGGAGCACCCGGCAGAGAGGAGUCUCCGGGGCUGGGAGAGGGCGGGCGACCGCAGCGACCCUCCCGGCGCGGAAGAGGCACGGCGGCCCGACCCGGAGGCGGAGGCGCCCCCGGCGCGGAGCGGCGACGCGGCCCCGAGCGGCGCGGCCGAGGCGGUGAUCGCCUCCAGGUCGGAUCCCAGAGACGAGAAACUGGCCCUGUACCUGGCGGAGGUGGAGAGGCAGGACAAGUACCUGCGACAGAGGAGUAAGUACCGAUUUCACAUCAUUCCCGACGGCAACUGCCUCUACCGAGCGGUCAGCAAAACGGUGUACGGAGACCAGAGCCUGCACCGGGAGCUGAGGGAACAGACCGUGCAUUACAUCGCCGAUCAUCUCGACCACUUUAGCCCCCUGAUUGAGGGCGACGUGGGGGAGUUCAUCAUCGCUGCUGCUCAAGACGGGGCGUGGGCCGGCUACCCGGAAUUGCUGGCCAUGGGGCAGAUGUUGAAUGUGAAUAUACAUUUAACUACUGGAGGGAGGUUGGAGAGCCCCACAGUGUCUACCAUGAUUCACUAUUUGGGCCCAGAGGAUUCCCUAAGGCCUAGCAUUUGGCUCAGUUGGCUCAGUAAUGGACAUUAUGAUGCGGUGUUUGAUCACUCCUAUCCCAACCCAGAGUAUGACAAUUGGUGCAGACAGACUCAAGUGCAAAGAAAACGCGAUGAAGAACUUGCCAAAUCCAUGGCCAUAUCCCUAUCCAAAAUGUAUAUUGAACAAAAUGCAUGCUCUUGAAGUGUCUGGAAACCUACACUCUGGGAGAAUUGCAUACAUAAUUUGUGUUGGGAGAAUUAUGAACUCUAAUCAGGGUAAUAGCACUUUUAAACUUCCUAGUAGAUUUACCAUAGGUGUAAUGCCUUAAUCAUUUUUGGAAUGUUUUCUCCUCAGAGCUGAAGGUUGCUGGGCACCUAAAUGAUGUUUCAUGAUGGCUUUGGGUGAUCCUACUGCUAUUUAUAAUUUGCUGUAUAAAGUUGGCCACUACUUAAUUUGCAAGCUAGUUUCUCACGGUGUAAAUUUGUUCAUUCCUGAUCAUCUGUUUUCUAUAAAAAUGUAUUUUUGCACAACAUUUUUAAAAAUUGGUGUUACCUUCAUCUAUGACGUGUUCCAUUUUGACAAACAGCUUUCCAGCAUAAAGCCAGAGAAGUGCUUUAUAUGAAGUUUAUUACUUUGAACAGAGUUUCUGAUUUAGUAGUUAUUUUAUGUUGUUCUAUUUGAAUUUUACGAUUCUUAGAUAAUUAUUUCAAAUGGAUAUUGAUGCAUUUGUGUUACCAGAUCAUUGGCCCAUUCCGUUUUAAUGAAAAACAAUUGUUGUUUUGGAAAUCAUUAUUUUUCUAGAAAUGCUCAACCUUUUAAAGAGAAAAGGGAAGGUUGUAGGAAGAAUUUUCUUUAAGGGAUAGUACCAGGUCUUACUUGAAUGAAAGUCUGAUAUUUGCUGAUGGCAGAGUGAUGACUAUUCUGUACUUUGGUUGGCAUUUAGAGUAGAUUGUCUGGCACUCUGAUUGUUUUUAUUUAUAUUUGUCAUUUUGUUAUAAAAGCAUUUUAACCUUGUGACAAGAUAAGCCUCCUGCUUUAUAUAGCUUCUUGGAUUCAACUAAGAGAUUUAAGAAAUUACUAGCAUAAAUGCCUCGAAUCAACCUUGGCAGUUGUUUUAUAGCAGGAGAAUACUGUCUUAAUAUUUUAUUCCUUUUAAAUUCUUUGAAAAAGCAAAAUAGGAUUGCCCUGUAUUAUGUACAAAUAAAAAUGUCUGUAAAAACAGAUCUUGUAUGGUUUGCUGGGUCAAACAUUGUUCAACCUAAAAUCUAUCUCAUUUCCACUUUACUUCUAGUCAUAUUUAUUAAGUACUGCAGUUUGUACUUUUUUUUAUUUUGUAACAUUUUGUGAUUUUUUUUGUACAAUACUGUAUUUGUACAAUAGAGCGAUUCUCAGCUGAUGGAAUGAAUGAAUAAAAUGUGUAAUUUUACUUUUACAACGUC